AUGUUUUCAAGUAGAUUGUGUUUUCUUUUGCUAUGUGCAUUAAAUUUGUACGAUUACGGAGCUGAAGCUCGAAGACGACGAUACCGAGAAUGUCCAGAAGAAAGGUUAAAAAUUCGGGAAAGUAUGGCUGACGUGGUACUGACAGGUACAGUGAAACGCUUGUACGGUGGUCAGGAUGACCAGUACAGUGGGGAAGUACUUGUGAAAAGAGUGGUAAAGGGCGAUCAUCUGAGAGCCGGGGAAUCACUUAUCGUUGAAGGAUUCGGAAAUGAAGAUAUAUGUGUCAGUAAUGUUUUAAUGAAAGAUUCAAAAAUAUUUCUUCUCAGUCAGCUGCAGACGGGACGUUUUAAGUUAAAUUCAAGUAUGCUGCAAAUCAACAUCCCUAACUUGGAUAAAGUAACAGCAACUGUUAAAGGUAAACAAAUUAUAUAUCCUCUUCAUUGGUUUGCGUGA